AUGACCCAUUGCCAAGAGAGCAUCGGUGGAAAAACCCAUUUGCGUUAUUUCUUUUCUUUAACAGUGAGGUUCAUCACCAAGCGAUUUAUCGGUGAUUAUGAUCCUACUUUAGAGAUGAUCUACAGGCACACAGCGGUUGUUGACGGAGAGAUGGUGCAUUUUGAAAUUCUUGACACAGCAGGACAGGAGGAAGAUUCUUUACAAAUCGAAGAGAAGAUUAAAUGGGGAGAUGGUUUUGCUGUAGUUUAUUCUGUCACUGACAGGUGCAGCUUUGAUGAGGUCAUGAGGCUGUGUUUCCUCAUCAACCACAUCCACUCCAGCCCAAAGCGGAGCAGUGGAAAUGGGGAACCGCCCGUGGUGAUUGUUGGGAAUAAGAAAGACCUGCAGUUUGAUCGGAUGGUAUCUUCUGAAGAUGGGGAAAACCUCUCCAAGGCCCUGAAGCACCCUUUCUAUGAGAUCUCCACCAGGGAUAGUUAUGAGGAGACGGUGACAGUUUUCAACACCUUGUACAAUGAGCUGAUGAAGCAAGGGCAUUUCUCUCCAGGGACCUUCAAGAGGCGAGCAGUCUCUAAACUCAUGGAAAAGAUCCCGAAGAUUCAUGCCAACUCAACCCUCACCUCGGGUGGCAGGAGUCUGAGCUUCAACUCGUUCAGAGACUACAUCCCAGAGUGAACUGUCACAGGGGCUGUUGUGCAAGUGGCAACAUGGCUCAGGCAGAGACCAGAUGGUGUUAGCAAGGAAGAGGCUGCAUAGCUGGUGACAUGGUGUGUCCAAGCCUGUGUAAUGCUAGGAGGCAUAUUUCCCCCACCAACCAUUUUUCAGUCAAGGAGGAUGACCCUUGGUUGAUAAUAACAUACAUGGUGCAGAAAUGUAUAAGAACAGUUGUUCAGGAUCAGGCCAAAGGUAUCCUGCCUGCCCAGUGAACAACCAGAUAUCUCUGGGUAUCCAAGCAGGGCAUAAACAUAAGUACCUUCCUUCCCCCACCCAGCAUGUGGUAUUCAGUGUCAUGCACUAGCCAUCAUGCCUAAUAGUAAAUGAUAGAAUCCGCUCCCUCAUGAAUUCACUUUGAAUCUUCCUAUCCUAGUAGCCACGCUCAUGUCCUGUGGUGGAGAAUUCCAAAUCUGAAGCUUCAUAUUUUUGCCUUUAGGAAUGAGAUUUAAAUCCUGCAUGGAGGCCAUCUGUGGAAACUUUUUUCAUGAAUGGCGUAUUUAUUUUUCUGUUAAGGCUGAGAAAGCCAAGAAAACAGAUCACCUUGAACUUGCAUGUCUAACUCUGUGUCAGGUUGAGUACUAGCAUUGCUUAUUAAGAUGUGAGGUCUACAAACAGCUGAUAAAGAUUUAUUCUCAGCUUCCUGGUUCUUGCCAGUAAGUUGCAGGUUCCUUCUCUCUGUUAACCCAACAUUUAAGCCUUUCCAUACUAGAUCUAUUCCACAGUUUCCACCAUUUUGGAUACGGUCAGGGCUAACCCAAGACAUUUGGUGUCUGAGGUAAAGGGCAAGACGGAAGCCCUCUCAUGCCACCAAUAGAAGCUGACCAGACCGGUUGUUAGCCUUGUUUCAGUGUUGCUGAUGGGUGGAAGCCUCCAUUUCAGCUGAAACCAGCACACUGCUUUACAGGGUGCAGAGCAAGCUGUUGGGAACAUAAAGCUCUGCCUUCCAGUGGAGCAGAAGGGCCAAGGGGCUGCUCUCAACGCUGAUCUACACCACUAAGUAUCUGUGACUUGAAGCAAUUGCCUCAUUCUCCCUAAGUGCACUCCAGUCUUAUUUAUCAAGACAUAAUAUGGCACUCUGAAAAUGGCUGCAUGGCUUGGGUAGGAGUGAGAAUUGUUUACAUGGCAUUACACAGUGACAUGCAGUUUCAUACCAGGAAGAAGGCAAUUGAUGCAAAGAAUCAGGAAGUUGUAUUCUCAAAGGCUUUCAGGAAGUUGUCGGACUCGUAGAGCUUCAGUGACCGGACCUUUCGACCAUCGAAAGCUUGCAAGUUGACCUCCUUGUUUUAGUGCAGCUGCCCCGCACGGAUGGAGGAAUUUCACUGGAAUGAGCAAGAUUCAGAUUGUUGACCUUUUCCUGGUGUGGGUGCCACUGAGGCAACACAGUCUUAAUGCCCUUCUUCUGUUUUCAGCAGAUUCCUCUUAAGUAGGAGCAUAUGAAGCUGCCUUUGAACAUUGUUCCAUCUUAAUCCUUCACUGUUGACUCUGACUGGCAGCAGCUCUCCAAUGUCUCAGUUUAAUUUCUUCUUCUCCAAAGGUUUUAUCUUUGUGUUUUUUCCCUGCCCCUUCCCUCGUUUUUGGUAAAUUAACUUGUGAAGCCAGGAAUUGAACCUGGAAACCUUCGGAGCACAAAGGGUGUGCUUCUCUGUAAAGCAGCAAUUCAGACUCUCUCUUUUCUAAGGCUUCAUCUUCCAAGCUCAUACACUCUGACAGAGGCUCUUCGUCACUUACCAUUUGGGAUGGAGUGACGCCUGGUUUGUCACGUGUUCUUCACGUGUUCCAAAUUGGCUUCCACGCUGCCUUCUAUGUCUGCUUGCCACCCACUGCCUUUAAAGGGUGGCUUGUUUGGCCUCUGUAUAGGCAACACAAAGGAACUCCUUGUGUGUCAAGUGGGCAGAUAUUUUACAUAUAUCUUGAGAGGAGUUCCAGAUUUCUGAGAAUAAUAAACAUAUCUGUUGGUGUUUCUCUUUUUCUUGAUCAAAUCCCAAGAAUUGUGCUUUGCUUAUUUUCCUGCAUGCCGUCUUGUAAAAGGAUCUGUAACCACUCGACAAACUGGAGAAGAUAGCUUUGUCUUGAAAUCUAUUUGGCUCUUUCACCAGAGAUAGACAUUAUUUGUUUGUUUGUUUGUUUAUUCUUCUUGCCUGGAAGCUGUGUAGCUUUAUAAUUACAUUUUGUAUUGUGAAAUGAUAUUAUAUUAUAGUCUGCCAACUGAAACCUGUAGGCAAGCAGAAAGAAUAUGCAUAAAUUGCGGGAAAAAUUAGCGAGAAGAAAGAAAGUACUGUACAAAACACCUCAGGCCAGAACAUGAUGUAGCUGCAUGUAUGAUGAUGACAUGGAGCCUUCGAUCAUGUCCUGUUCCUUUGGUAACAACCAAUUUGUUUCUCCAUAGUAGCUAUCCUCAUAUUUGGACUGAAGGUCCCAUCACCCCUGUUGACCACACUAGCUGGAGGAUGAUGGAGGUUGCAGUUCAACAUGUCUGGAGGGCAUCUAGAUAGGGGAGGUGACUUUUGCUAACCCAUAUACACGAGAUACUGUUAUUAUGCUGCAGGUUGCCCUCUUCCCCUUCUGCACCACUUCACUGCCAUGAACAUGUAUACAAACGUGUUUGCGAUGGGAUUGUGCCAUGCCUUUUGUGUGAUUACUCCUUUACAGUGAUGGAAGAGGAGGCCGAGAACACUGCUUUUGACUAUAAGUGUGAGGCUUUGUAAUAAUGUAUUCCAUCCCAAGAGUCUUAAUGACCCAGACAUUUUCCGGUUUCUCCCCUAAAACUGUUGCUUGUCACAACAUACCAGAUAUGACAUUAAGAUGGGAACAUGUCAAGCCCAUAGGUCAACCUUCCCCGAGUUGUUGCCCUGCAGAGGAGCUUGACUCCAGCCCCUCGCCCACCAGCAUGAUCCACAGAGGUGAGAAGAGUUUUUGUCCAAUCCAUCUGGAAGGUUCAGCGUUGGGAAAUGUUGCCACAGGUGAAUAUGUCUGGGCAAGGAAUUAUGAAAUCUGCAAGCCAAUGGUUGGUAGUGAUGAAACCCUGCAUUGGGCCCAAAGUAAGUAUGAAAAUUUAGUCAUGAUGAGUUUUCCAUGUUGAUUUUCAGUGAGACCUACUGUGACUGAUUUGCUCUGGCUUCAAUCUCUUUGUCUUUUCCUUCUCUGUGUGGGAUGAGAGCAUAAAAUGAACUGAAGUGCUGUCACAGAAUCCCUGCUUUAGCCACUAUUCCCCACUCCCCUGCUACUGAGUUUGUUGUCUGUUUACUGAUAUAUGCCAUCCAGUCACCUCCAAGUAAUGGCAACCUUAACAGGUUUUUCUAAAUAUGCAAAAUGGAGCAUAUAUGGAGCGACUUGCACACUAAAUCUAUUUAAAGCAAAAUGCCUCCUGUUAUUAUUGCCUCAGAUUAUUAUCUUUUGAUUUAUCAUUUGGCACUUUCAACUCAGUAACAUACCUCGUUUAAGGACCUCUGCCCGCCUAAUCUACAUUCUCCAAAAGUUAAUACAAUUCUACUAUACCUAUCGUAAGAGAAUAAACAAAUAUUUUAAGAAACAAACAGAAGUAGCUAAAAUGUCCCUUCUGUUUCUCUUUGAAAUAACCUAGUAGCAGUGUGCAGACCAUGGCUAUUUGUGGUCUAGGCUUUUUAAAUGGUUCAACUGUGCAGUAAAAAUGCUAUACAACUGGCUACUGUCUCUCUCUCCUCCCCCCUCCUCCCCAGCUUCCCAUUUGGAGGUUUUCAUCUUUGAGGAAAAAUUUUAAAGAAGUCAACUCUGAUUUAUAAUAUAAUUUUAUUUCCAGGACAGGAAUGAAGUUAUGGCAAAAUUUCUUUCUCUUUAGUAGCCAAUGGGAGUAUUCAGGAAUAUGAUAAUUUAAGGCCUGGUAGUAUCUGUGUUAUUUUUUCUUUCUUUUUUUGGUCAGAGAAGCCCAGAAAGCUAAUCCCUGUGAAAGCUGCUCUCUAAAACAUUUUUGCCAAAAGCUGUGGUAAAGCACAGAGUUCUUCUUUCCAGUACCCUUUAUUAAUGAAUUUAUGUUGAACUGUCAUAGACCAAGCACUUGCUGGGAACUGUAAAGGGACCUGAAGUGAGUAGAGAUUGGAUUUUCUACAGGGGGGCAUGAUGAUUCACAUAACAUCUUGUAAAAGAAUAAACUAACCCAGUCCUUCACAAUCACAUUUUAUAUUAUCUUCAUUCAGAUUUAUAGUGUCUCCUAAUCACUAAAUCUCACAUUAUCCCUGGGCAUUGAAAACAAUGGCUGCUGCAGCUUUCAGAAAUGCAUUUUAUUUUUUAAACAUGUUUACAAUAGUGUUUGAUGCAAUUUGCUUAUCAUGCAUAUUCCCCUCUGUUUUCAGCAGACAGAUCUCACAGAAGUCUUCUUAAUUUCUCUGAUGAUCAAAUUUCCAGGCUGUCUCUGCAAUAUACCCCAAGGACAUGAAUACUGAAGCCUGUAAAAUAGCUUUUGAAAUGCUGAUAAUCUCAUGUGCAAGAUUAAGCAGCAGCAAACUGCAGCACUGUUAGGUUCGUUUUUAACAGAGGAAGCCAAGUUUGUGAAUCACACAAAAUUAGUUUUUGAAGUUGAAGCUAUGUCAAUCUGUCCAAGCAUUUCAACAAGAGACACAAAGCAAAAACAAAAUACCUUGUAGCGUGUUAAAGACUAACUGCUAUAUUUCAAUGUAAGCUUUCGUAGAACAUGGCCGUCAGACAUAAGAGUCAGAACACAGAGAUUACACGGUAAUCUCAAAAUAUUCUAAGAACCCUGUGUCUCUUAUAUGCAGCUUUUAUCGACUUUAGAGCCGCCUUUGAUUCAAUCUCAAGGAAUAUUCUAUGGGCUAAAUUAAGAGGUUCUACUAUUGACAAACGCCUCUUAUUUUUGAUUAGAGCUCUACAUAAAAAUAUUACAAUACAAGUUAAAACCAACUCACAAGGCUAUUUUACAGCUCCUAUUAAGACUGAGAAAGGUGUAAAACAGGGAUGUAUACUGGCUCUGCUGUUAUUCAACCUUUAUAUAAAUGACCUAGCAACUCAAUUAAAUCUUCCGUAACAUCAUCCCCCUAAAUUGGCAAACAAACACAUUGCUAUCCUAUUGUAUGUGGACGAUGCUGUGCUUCUCUCAAAGACACUGAUGGGACUGAAGAGAAUGAUGCAGACACUUUCUAAAUAUUGCCAACAAACCUGAUUGUAGAUAAAUUAUGAUAAAACAAAGGUCAUAUCCUUUGCUAAUAGACCAAAGAGGCAUACCUGGUAUUUAAAUCAAGCUUGCAUUGAAAAGGUACAAUAAUACAAAUAUUUGGGUGUUAUUGUUCAGGCAAAUGGGAAGAAAAACUCACAUAUAAAGUAUGUUUCAUCUAAUGCACAAAAAAGUGCUAGUGCAGUACAAAAAUUCUUUUGGACCAAAGGGGGGCGAAAUGUGACAGCAGCCAUCCAACUAUUUAUGGCAAAAUCCUUUGCACAAUUGGCCUACGGUGCUGCUUUUAUUAUUGUAGCAAACAGAUCCACAAUGGAAAAACUUCAAACUAAAUUUUUAAAAGCCAUGCUAUUGCUGACAACCAAUGCAUCAAAUGCAAUGGUUCAUCUGGUAACAGGACUAGUAGCUAUAGAGGCUAGACUUUGGAUAUUUGUCUUGCCAUAUUGGUUAAAAUUGAACCACACUAACUCUGGGCUCUCCCAUUUGAUAUUAAAGGACAACUCUGUCUCCCCGUAGAUGGAACUGUUGGAGAACAAAUUGGGGUACUAUGGAUUCUCACAUCAGUAUCGCCCAAGCCAAAAGUCUGAUCAAACAAAGGAUCUUAGACAUAGAAAGGCAGCAUGAUCUGAAUAGCAUUAAAGCUCAUAUAAGCGAUAUCAUCAGUAUCAAUAGAAACACAUCAAUGCCUUACAUAACUUGAAAAUUCUGAAAGUAGAAGGGCAUUAAUGCUAAUCUGUAUGGACAUGUUGCCUUCUGCCAUCUUGGAGGGCAGAUAUAAGAAAAUUCCAUAUUUGAAUCGGCUGUGUGUAUGUGGGGAAGGAAGUACAGAGACCUUGGAGCGUGUACUCUUGGACUACAAAAUUUACAAACAGAUCCAGGAAGGCUACAUCAAUCCAAUUAUUUUGGACAGGGAUGGAGGUGGCAGGAAGGGCUUCUAUCUAGAAGAUAGAAAUAAGGCAACAACUUUCAAUGUGGCCAAAUUCGGCUGGCUAGCCAUCA